AGGAUGUGGGGACCCGGAAGUGAGAAGCGGGGGGCCCGGCUAGAUCUGGGGGCGUGGAAUGGUUUCUGUAUCUCCUCGAGGGUUCCCUCUUGGCCUUCAGUGAGGGUCAAGACGCAGGGACUUGUACCAAAGGGGAGCAAAGCCGGCCUCUACUUGAGGCCCCUAGGACCUCCGUCUCCCAAUGUCGGAGGUUCCCUCCCAGGAAUCCGCCACGUGACGGGUGGGGCAGCCCUUCUAGAGCAGAAGAACACUUUAAGUGCCCUGGCUGCGAAGAUGCCGCCUGACCUGCCUUCCCUGCCGCUGCGGCUUGUGAUGCUGCUACCGCUGCUGCUACUGUCCCAGACAGAGGCUCGCUCCUUCGUAGUGGAUCGGCAACAUGACAGAUUCCUCCUGAACGGGGUCCCGUUCCGCUAUGUUUCUGGCAGCAUACAUUACUUUCGGGUACCGCCGGUACUUUGGGCCGACCGGCUUCUCAAGAUGCGUUUGAGUGGCCUCAACGCUGUACAGUUUUACGUGCCCUGGAACUACCAUGAGCCAGAGCCUGGGGUCUAUAACUUUAACGGCAGCCGGGACCUCGUUGCCUUUUUGAAUGAGGCAGCUAGAGCGAACCUGUUGGUCAUUCUGAGACCAGGACCUUACAUCUGUGCAGAGUGGGAGAUGGGAGGUCUCCCAUCUUGGUUGCUUCGAAAACCUAAUAUUCGUCUGAGAACCUCAGAUCCAGCUUUCCUUGCUGCUGUGGACUCCUGGUUCAACGUCUUGCUGCCCAAGAUAUAUCCGUUUCUCUACCACAAUGGGGGCAAUAUCAUUAGCAUUCAGGUGGAGAAUGAAUAUGGAAGCUACAAGGCCUGUGACUUCAAGUAUAUGAGACACUUGGCUGGCCUCUUUCGGGCAUUACUAGGAGACAAGAUCUUGCUCUUCACCACAGAUGGGCCUCAAGGACUCAAAUGUGGUUCCCUCCAGGGACUCUAUACCACUAUAGAUUUUGGCCCAGCUGACAACGUUACCAAAAUAUUUUCCUUGCUUCGGAAUUAUGAACCCCAUGGGCCAUUGGUGAACUCUGAGUACUAUACAGGCUGGCUGGAUUACUGGGGCCAAAACCACUCCACCCGGUCCAGCGUGGAUAUAGCCCAAGGACUAGCAAAAAUCCUCAAGUUGGGAGCCAGUGUGAACAUGUACAUGUUCCAUGGAGGUACUAACUUUGGAUACUGGAAUGGUGCUGACGAGAAGGGACGCUUCCUUCCAAUUACUACCAGCUACGACUACGAUGCACCCAUAUCUGAAGCAGGGGAUCUCACACCUAAGUUUUUUGCACUUCGAAAUGUCAUCAGCAAGUUCCAGGAAAUUCCUUUGGGACCUUUACCUCCCCCCAGCCCCAGGAUGAAGCUUGGACCUCUGACUAUGAACCUGGAUGGGAAUUUGCUGUCUUUCCUAGACUUUCUCUGUCCCCAUGGCCCCAUCCGUUCAGUUUUGCCACUGACCUUUGAGGCUGUCAAGCAGGACCAUGGCUUUAUGCUGUACCGGACCUAUCUGACUUUCACUGUUUUUGAACCAACACCAUUCUGGGUGCCAAAUAAUGGAGUUCAUGACCGUGCCUAUGUGAUGGUGGAUGGGGUAUUCAAGGGUGUUCUGGAACGGAACUUGAAACAGGAACUAUAUUUGACUGGGAAAGUGGGGGCCAAGCUGGAUAUAUUGUUAGAGAAUAUGGGGAGGCUCAGUUUUGGGUCUAACCACAGUGACUUCAAGGGCCUGCUAGAACCACCACUUCUUGGGCAGACACUCCUCACCGAGUGGAUUAUGUUCCCUCUCAAGAUUGAUAAGCUUAUAAGGUGGUGGUUCCCCCUGCAGCUGAUGAAAAGAGCACAGCCUCAAGUUGUUUCUGUUCCUGCCUUCUAUUCCACAACAUUUUCAGUGUUAGGCAAACUUGGAGACACGUUUCUGUAUCUAUCUGGAUGGACCAAGGGUCAAGUAUGGAUCAAUGGGUUUAACUUAGGCCGGUACUGGACAAAGCGUGGUCCACAACAGACCCUAUAUGUGCCAAGACAUCUGCUGCUUAAUAGAUCUAUCAACAAAGUCACAUUGCUGGAGCUAGAAAACGUGCCUCGUGAGCCCCAAAUCCAAUUUUUGGAUAAGCCUAUCCUCAAUAGCACUUUGCACUGGGGCUAUACCUAUUUUCUCUCAGAAACACAAAGUUCAUAUGAACCAAUGGAGUUAAGUGGGCACUGAAAGAAAGAUGACCCUUGAAUCUGGGACACAGGGCAAGAUCCUCUGGUGCUGGCCACAGUGGCCAUAAAGAAUCAAAGGCUACAAUCCCUCCGAAUGUAAGUACAGAUACAGUUCUCUUGCCAAACUUUAUUGUGAUUAAAAUUCCAAAGACAGUACUGGCUCCA